AAAGAUCCAACGGCUAGCUAGAGACGCGAUUAUACAAGUGUUCUUAACUUGUUAUAUUCUUACAUAAACGGCCAAAAAGUUUCAGAAAAAUAGAAACGGCGUAGGAAGCUACUAUGACGGCGAUUCCAAAUGUUAUCGAUAUUGAAUCUUCGUCUUCGCUUUGUCAAGAGACGGUGUCUCCGUCAGUUGUUGAGACUGCGAAGCUAGACCACGUCGUGUCACUAAUCAAGGAAGAGGAGGAUGACGUCGUUUCACUUGGUUUUUGGAAAUUGCACGAGAUAGGUUUAAUUACACCGUUCUUGAGAAAGACGUUUGAGAUAGUUGAGGACACAGUAACAGACCCGGUUGUAUCAUGGAGCCUGACCCGUAAAAGCUUUAUCAUUUGGGAUUCUUACGACUUCUCGGAGAAUCUUCUUCCUAAAUACUUCAAGCACAAGAACUUCUCCAGUUUCCUCCGCCAGCUUAACUCCUAUGGUUUUAAAAAGGUUGAUUCAGAUAGGUGGGAAUUUGCUAACGAAGGGUUUCAAGGAGGGAAGAAAUAUUUGCUUAAGAACAUCAAGAGGAGAAGCAAAAGUACUAAAUGUAACAAGGAAGCGAGCACCACUACCACCACCACCACAGAGACAGAGGUUGAGUUAUUGAAGGAGGAACAGAGUCCAAUGAGAUCGGAGAUGUUGAAGUUGAAACAACAACAGGAAGAAUCUCAACAUCAGAUGGUCACUGUGCAGGAGAAGAUCCACGGAGUUGAAUCCGAACAACAACAUAUGCUUAGUUUCUUUGCAAAGUUGGUUAAAGAUCAAAGAUUUGUGGAGAGGCUGUUGAAAAAGAGGAAGAUGAAACAACAGAGAGAGCUCCAAGCAGCUGAAUUCGUGAAGAAGCUCAAGUUGCUUCAGGAUCAAGAAACUCAAAACAACUUGCUAGAUGUAGAAAACCAUCUGGUCAUUAGAGAAUUUAUGGCCAUGGCUGCAACACAACACAAUCCCAAGCCUGAUAUUUUGAUGAACAAUGAAAGCGGGAAUAGGAGAUGUCAGCUUAACACAGAGGACCUACUUGUUGACGGUGGUUCGAUGGAAGCAAAACACGUAACAUAGCAUUAGAGAAGAUACACAAUACCAUGCUUUAUCCGAAUAUGUACCUUAUGUUGUAUGGUUUUAUGUCUAUACAAAAAAGGGACUUGUACAGAGUCGUCUAGAUUACUGUAGCUCUGGUAAAAAGGGACUUGUAAAAAGUGUAGAUCUGGUUUACUGUCUUUGAUAGCUCUCAUUUAUUAUAUUUCAUGAUACAUGUAUAUCAGAAACAUAUCUUCCAUUA